AUGAGGAGGGAGAACCAGAGCCACGUGUCCGAGUUCCUCCUCCUGGGGCUCCCCAUCCGGCCAGAGCAGCAGGGCGCGUUCUUCACCCUGUUCCUGGGCGUGUACCUGACCACCGUGCUGGGCAACCUGCUGAUCCUCCUGCUCAUCAGACUGGACUCUCGCCUCCACACCCCCAUGUACUUCUUCCUCAGCCACUUGGCCUUCUCUGAUGUGUUUUUCUCAUCUGUCACUGUCCCUAAGAUGCUCGUGAACAUGCAGACUCAAGAUCGAUCCAUCCCUUAUGCAGGGUGCAUAGCACAGAUGUAUUUUUUUCUACUUUUUGUUUGUCUUGACAAUUUCCUUCUCGCAGUGAUGGCUUAUGACAGGUACGUGGCCAUUUGUCAGCCACUCCACUACACUGCCAUCAUGAGGGAGGGGUUGUGUGUCCUACUGACAGCUGGAUCCUGGUUCGUCUCUUGUGUCCACGCCCUGUUGCAUACUCUGCUUCUGUCCCGACUGUCUUACUGUGCAGACAAUACCAUCCCCCACUUCUUCUGUGAUCUCGCUGCCCUCUUAAAGUUGACCUGCUCAGACACCUCCCUUAAUGAGUUAGUUAUCUUCACUGAGGGGGGCGUGUUUGCCUUCUUGCCAUUGAUAUGCAUCCUGAUCUCAUAUGGCCGCAUCGGGGUCACCAUCCUGAAGGUCCCUUCCACCAAGGGGAUCUGCAAAGCAUUGUCCACAUGUGGCUCCCACCUCUCUGUGGUUUUCCUAUUUUACGGAACAAUUAUUGGACUUUAUACUUUACCCUCAUCCAGCACCUCUAAUGACAAGAACAUAAUAGCUUCAGUGAUGUACACAGUGGUCACACCCAUGCUGAACCCUUUCAUCUACAGUCUGAGGAACAGAGACAUGAAGAGGGCUCUCAGGAGACUUUCCAGGAGGGAGAUCUUCUUCUCUAAGUAG